AUGCUCCAGAAUCCACGGUUCCAGCCGUGCUUGCGAGCUGUUCGAACAGGCUGCUUCAUUGACUUCUGCUUCCAUCCCGCAGCUGGUGGGGGUGCGGAUGUCGUGGCAGUCAUUGAUGCAGUGCAAUGCCAUCAUCCUCCGAGGACAGCAGACCACCCCAGUGAAAUGCGGCAGGUGCAGGCUUGGCACGACCACAAGAAUGACGAUGUUCUCUUCGAGAAGGAGGGCGUGCCCAAGGAAUGGUGGUCCAUCGAGCCACGUUUCUUUCAACCGAAGGUGCUAGGUGCCAUUCCAGCGACACCAUAG